AUGGCGACACAAACAGUAGCCAAGAGCAAGGAUGUCAACCGCAAUGGACCGAUUCGCUAUCCGCUCUGGUUUGGCGGCAGCGCGAGCUGUAUGGCGGCCGCUGUGACGCAUCCACUGGACCUACUCAAGGUUCGGUUGCAGACCCUGCCCGAAGGACAGGCCAAACAGGGCAUGGUCGUUGUGACCAAGACAAUCCUAAAGACCGAAGGAGUUCCUGRCCUGUACCGCGGCCUCUCAGCUUCACUGCUGCGCCAAAUCACCUACAGCACGACUCGAUUCGGCCUGUACGAAAAGUUCAAAGAUGCCGUCAGUGAUGGUAGCAAUCAGCCAUCGCUCCCAACCCUCGUAGCGAUUGCUUCGGCUUCUGGAUGGCUAGGUGGCAUGGCUGGAACGCCAGGAGACAUUCUCAAUGUUCGCAUGCAAAACGACGCRGCGCUUCCGGCAGAACAGCGACGGAACUACAAGAACGCGAUUGACGGCCUCAUUCGCAUGGUGAGGGAAGAGGGGAUUGGGAGCAUCUUUCGCGGAAUCUGGCCAAACAGCACCCGCGCAGUGCUCAUGACAGCUUCACAGCUUGCAACAUACGACGUGUUCAAAAAGGAGAUAUUACAACGGACGAGCUUGGGCGACAGCUUGACCACCCACUUCAGCGCAUCGCUGAUGGCCGGAUUCGUGGCCACGACGGUGUGCAGUCCGGUGGACGUGAUCAAGACGCGGAUCAUGAGCGCAAAGACGAAAGAGAGUGCUUUUGUCGUGAUCAAGCGUGUUACCGCCGCCGAGGGUCUGAAGUGGGUCUUCAAAGGAUGGGUACCGAGCUUCAUUCGUUUGGGACCACAGACGAUUGCUACCUUCAUGUUCUUGGAGCAGCACAAGAAGAUUUACCGGAAGCUCACCGGCCGAGAGGGCUGA